CACAGACACACGCUCACUCUCCCUAAAGGAGGGAGCGAGGCAGAGACGCAGAGACGGGAUUGAGAGGAGCAGGCGAGGAGCAGGCGAGGAGCAGGCUAUCUCAGGGCUGCUUACCACGGCGGCGUCUGGCUUUCACUAAAAGGUCCGUGAGCGUAAUUUAUUCCUGCAGGGGCCAUCAGAAAGACGGCAGGAAAAGAAAUAAAAGACGAGCAGAAUAGUGAACAGCGGACCGGGUCACCCUGACUUGCUGACAGGGUGUGCGGAGAGGUUGUGGCCUCCGGUCGUUGCUGCUGGAUGGACGAGCAUUGACAAAACAAGGAGACAACACGUUGUGGAGCCUCAGGAGGGGGAACAUUUCUCAACUCUGCGUCUGUUUUUGGCUUGUUGCUGUUUUUGUUUUUCUGUGACAUUUGAGCCUCUGACACCACAGACUCUGGAGAGUUUGGGGAGCCACAAGAAAACAGACACAGGAGAGGAGGACAUAUUUGAUGAGCUUUGUAGCUGCUGGGAACACAGAAACAUCAUUCCACAAGUGAAAGGAGUGUAUUGUCUUUCUCAGCACUUCUGAUGCUGAUAACAAGCGUGGAAUCUUUUUGGCUUUUUAACGAGUCCAACGUUUUCCUGGACAAAAUACUUAUUGUAUUCAAAAGCUGAUGAGGCGUUAUUGUCGGAUCCUCUUUGACUAACAAAGAACAUUUAAACGUCCAAUUUCCAAAACUCGCGAUAAAUUACAUUUUUUCUCUUCACCCUGAUCACCUUUGCAUCUACAACAGCUCCGACAAGUCAAGAGUGCGUCUGGACUAGAACUGCCUCAGAUCUGCAGAUAACACCUCCUGCACGUAAGGAACUGGUUGGACUAGUUUAUAAAUUGGAGGAGAGGGCAGGGCAGUUUAACCCCGCCUGAAGGAGAGCUGCGCUCUAUUUUCCUUUUUUUUUUGAAGGAAACCGAGCACUGAGAGAAGGGCAGAGACUUUUUUCUUCAUUAGGAGAGUGACUUCUUUCUUUUUUUUGUUCCGUAUUGUUGUGCCCGGGGGUAAGGUGCUUUUUUAACCUUCCUCCAGGUGGGGGAGAUGUAGAGGGAAAGUGGGAGGAAGAAAGAGAGAAGGAGUCAAAGUGUAAUUUAUUGUUUCCAGUGAAAAGAACGAGGCUGCACCCUUUUCUCCUGCCUGAACUCUGAACCACUCAAUGUGUGUCUGAAGUUUUCUCAGACCUCGGGAGCCAUUGAUUGAAGGUCAGGGCAGAGAACACAAGGGUGAAAGACAAGAACAGAGAGAGCGGAGGGAUUAAGUAAGAUUUUAAAGAACAGCAUUGGGAAGGACCUCCAGGUCGUUACUACCACACGGCAAAGGGCAGAAAGGUCAAACCGGGAGAGCCCGGGACGACAACUUUUCAACCCCAAAAAACUGCUUUUAAUACAAGGAGCUGGUUUCUGGUCUAACCUCUAAUCAGUUUUUAGACUGAAAGGCUAGUCGGAGGCUGGGGGACGGGGCGGGUCUGUGCAUGAUCCGCUUUGAGGGCUGCGUGUCUCAGAGAAUAUGGCCAUGGUGAGCGGGGGAUGGGGCAACCCCAACGGGGACACGAACGGACUGGGGGAGAAGGUCUACCUGAGGAGGGAGGAAGAGGAGGCCUCGCCUCAGGCCGGGAGCAGCGACAUAGACGUCGGGGACGAGGACAAGGCCUGCGUGGUGGACUGCGUGGUCUGCGGGGACAAGUCCAGCGGGAAGCACUAUGGAGUGUUCACCUGCGAGGGCUGCAAGAGCUUCUUCAAGAGGAGCAUCAGAAGAAACCUCAACUAUUCCUGCAGAUCAAAUCGAGAAUGCCAAAUAGACCAGCAUCACCGCAACCAGUGCCAAUACUGUCGGCUGAAGAAAUGUUUCCGUGUGGGAAUGCGCAAAGAAGCAGUCCAGAGAGGUCGAAUCCCUCCAUCUCACUCAGGUGUCAGUCCCAACUCCCUGGCCGGUGGGGUCGGAGGCGCGGGGCCCGGGCACAUUGGGGCGGACUUCUUCAACGGGCAGCCCGUGUCGGAGCUCAUCUCCCAGCUCCUCCGCGCUGAGCCGUACCCCAGCAGCCGCUACGUGAACCCGUACGGUCAGGCCCAGAUGCAGGCAUCUGCCAGCGGAGCCUCCGUCAUGGGCAUCGACAGCAUCUGCGAGCUGGCUGCGCGGCUUCUCUUCAGCACCAUCGAGUGGGCCAGGAACAUCCCGUACUUUCCAGAACUUCCGGUCUCAGAGCAGGUGGCGCUGCUGAGGCUGAGCUGGAGUGAGCUCUUCAUUCUGAACGCAGCACAGUCUGCUCUGCCCCUGCACAUGGCUCCUCUGCUGGCAGCUGCCGGGUUCCACUCGUCUCCCAUGUCCGCUGAACGUGUGGUGUCCUUCAUGGACCAGGUCAGGGUUUUCCAGGACCAAGUGGACAAGCUGAACAGACUGCAGGUGGACUCAGCCGAGUACAGCUGCCUCAAAGCUAUUGCCCUCUUUUCACCUGAUGCGUGCGGCCUGACAGACCCUGCCCAUGUAGACUCCCUACAGGAGAAGGCACAGGUGGCCCUGACGGAGUACGAGAGGUUGCAGUACCCCAACCAGCCUCAGCGCUUUGGCCGCCUGCUGCUGCGCCUGCCGGCUCUGCGGGCCGUGCCGGCCAACCUCAUCUCCCAACUCUUCUUCAUGCGCCUAGUGGGCAAGACCCCCAUCGAGACGCUGAUUCGAGACAUGCAGCUUUCGGGGAGCUCCAUCAGCUGGCCGUACGUACCGGGACAGUGAAUCCAGCUGACACCGGAGGGAGGCAAACUGAGAUAAGCUUUGAUCCAGAGCUCACAAAGAUGGCAUAUUAGGUACAAACUGAAUGUUGUGAAUACAAACAGAUACACACACACACACACACACGCGCGCGUAUGUAUGUAUGUAUGAUUGCAGCACUUGUCGGUUUUGCUCUGACCUCCAUCCGAUCUCUCUCCAUCUGAUACUGGAAAAGAAACACAGGGCUUUAAUUAAACAUCAGGCUCUAAUAUGAAGCCAUGUGCCUGUACUACCUCUUCCCACAUCAUCCCUAAUGUGACUCGAUUUGAACACUCUGUGUUUUCACUCUGCUUCGUUUAAAAUGAAGCCAAAGCAGCAGUGGGACUUUUACAGGCACAGUUUCAUAUCUGGGACGUGUUGUUCAAAUCAAACUAAGUUGUUCAACGUUUUAUCUGUGGAAUGGAAUCUAAGACUUUGUUACCAAAUGUAUUUGUGUAAAGACUGAAAAGUACAAACCAUCUACGGCAUUAAAACAAAGAAGAGGCAUGGGCAUUGUAUUGCAUAUUAUACUAUAUGACGUACUUUGUACAUAAAACAUUUCUUUGUUUUGUACCUAAACGAAAAGUUUAACAUUUUGGGAACUACACCAAUUUACUUGCAUAAUUAGAAGAUGCGGUUUAUUGCAGUAACACUUGUGCAUAAAGACUGGGAACAGGGUAAAUCAGCUAGUCUGGUUCUGUUCAAAGAAAACAAAAUCACUGCGCUAGCACCUCUAAUCUCUAACUACUCCGCUGUAUUCUUUGUUUAAUCUAAACCUGAGUUGGAAAAACAACAUUUAUGGGGUUACGUGCUGGACUAUUGCUAUAACCUUCUGUAGUCUCCUCUGGUUGCAGCAGCUUGGCAAAUAGAAAAAAGCACAAAAGUAUGAAUGGUGCGUCCCAAAAUGUUAGUGCUUUUUAUUUAUUUUGGUAUAUUUUACAUUAUAGUUCUUGCAACAGGAAGUGGGGAAUGUACUCAAACACACUUGGCUCCUCAGACAGUCACACCCUUCAAUAACAUUAUUACCUCAUAUUUUAUACAUCAAAGACAGAUAUUCUAUAUUAAUGUGCUAAUCAUAAAUAUAAAGGGAUCAAGGUGUCUUGGCAUUGAAACCGUAAACACUAAAAUUCCCCUGUAUACCUGUCUGUCAAUAUAUUUGAGUAUAUUUCACAAUGUAAGACACUCAAAGUUUGCCAAAUCAUUUACAGGAAGCUACACUUUGUCAAGUGAACUCUGUUUCUCUCGUUAAUCUCAGCAAACUGGAGAUUUUUGUUCACAUUCUGGUCCCCCUUUUAAAAGCAGUGUGAAAGCACACGCUAAAGAGGACAGAGGUCACUUUCAGAUAAUUAUUAUGCUUGUGCAAGGUGCUCUGUAUGUUUUAAAGUGUUGUAAAGUUGAUUAUGUUUGUUGGUACUGAGAUAAAAGGGGACUAUGCAGUCAUGUUCACCAACGUGACCAAUGCUUUUCUUGCCAACUUAUCUGACUGAAAGAAAAGACAGGGGGACAACAUGUGUUUUUGGUAAAAAACGUUUUGUAUUCCUAAAGAAAAAGACACGAUCCCUGAUGCCGUCAAGACCUUAAUCAACAGCUCUUCAGACUAUUCUUGAAUAAAUAAAGCAUGCAUUGACCAUGCUGUACCCAAAAAGUGAAAAGGAAGUUCAUACGAAUGCUUAUUUUUGCAUUACGAGAAAUAAAAUAAAAAAUGUACAAACUCUC